AUGUCUGAUAAAGCUAUUGAAGCCCUUGAUGCUGCUGCUGAAGAAGCUAUUAUUUAUCAAGCAGAGACACAAGUUCGAUUAUUUAAUGAGGCAAGAAAAAGAAAAAGAUUAAAUAUAGUAUUAUGUGGCAUUUCAAUCAUAUCUCUAAAGUACAGCUUUGAUGUAUUAGAAGAAGAGUCAGAAGAAUUAUGCCCUAACAAAGUUCAGGAACAAGAUAAAGAAGUUGAUGACAGCGAUUACAUUCAUGUUAUUGGCCAUAAAGAAUCGCUUAUGCUCUUAGUAAGAACUUUGGGCUUAAACUAUCACAGAAAGCCCUAUAACACUUUGAAUGCAAUCGAAAAGUAUUAUGCAAUGCUUUGUUUAAAUUCAAUCAUUGAUAUCAAUGAUGAUACAUUUAUAAAGUUUUUGAAACUUGACAGUCAAGCUCAUCAAGCACUGAUAACUCGUUUCAAUUUACGUAAAGUAAUCAUCCCGCAGCCUGGCAAAGAUCUCAAGAAUUUAUACAAAUCUGCUGAAAAGCUGACACCCCAACAGAAAUAUAAAUUUUAUAUCACCCAAUCAUUUGACCUUGAUGGUGAUGAUAGAAAGAGACUAAUUAUAAUAGCCCAUAUAUACAAUUUGUUAAGUCACAAAAAGGACGAUAUUCAGAGAUGGAAGACUAUGUCUGAAUGUUCGCUUAUAAUUAAAAUAUGGUCAAACAUCUUUGAGACACUUUUCGAAGGCUCAAUUGUAAACCUCAUUUGGGGGGAUACGUUGAACAACUCGUUCAAGGUCGAUCUUCGACUUUGCUUGUCUGUAGAAGGAAAAAACUACGAUAUUUCAAAUAUAGAGUUCAAAAAACAAGGCAAGGAACAACGCCUUGUAAAGACAGACGCUUGUUUGAAGGCUAUAUUCACAGAACUGAGACUUGCAGCACCAGGUUGCUAUGUGACAAGCCAUUUUGGAAGAACCAUAAAAGUUCCACUAACCGAUGAUAAAGCCAUAAAAUUCACUGAAGAUAAUUUGGAGCAGCUUCUUUGCUACAAGGAACUUGUUGUCAAAGAAGCAGAAGAAAUGAGGGCUAUAUUGUUGCAAGACACUUCAAACUUUGGCUCGCAGUCCUCAAUUGAAGAACAUGGUUUCAUAAAAGAAACAUAUGUUAUAUCACCAAAAUCCAAAAUCUUUCCAAAGCUUCACGAAGAUUUUUAUAAAUCCUAG